AGCAUCCCUAACUGCACUGCAUACAAAAGUUCGACGGGAGCAGUAAAGUAAUUAUUAGUUUAAUCCAAUAAUUAUCGACUCCAAUCGAAUUGGCGGUCUUCUGGUUGUUUUUUGUGCCCCAGAACGUGCUAAAUUCGCUAAAUCAGUGAAUAACGGAGCGGCGCUGUCGUCCAAUUUGCAUCGCCGUGUUCUUCGUCAGUGUUUGUUGUCGUCGCCUCGUUCGUCCUUAAUAUUAUUUCGUCCUUGUGCAACACGGAGAACAAGAAGAAGCAGCAGCAGAAGAACGAGAAGAACCACAUCAACCAGGAGGAUCACCGCAACACGCAGUUUCCAAAUGCUUUAAAACGAUUCGGCAAUAUCUAAAUACCUAAAAACCUAGAAAAAUAAGACAAGCAGCGAAUCAGCAACAACAAUCGAAAACACCAAAAAAAACCAAAAAACUAAGAUAAACCCAAAGUCAAAAGGAGGCUCGCAAAAUUUUUUACAAAUUUGCAAUACAUUUUAAGUAAGCGGAAGAGAAGGAGAGGUGUUUGUUGUGCGUCUGUGUGUGUGUGCGCGUGGAUUGAAGGUCCUUCGCUCAUUUUUCCCCCUGCGAAACGAACUGCUGUUGGCCUUUUUUCUGGCAAGAAGAAGGACCUCAAUUGGAAUGGCUCUCUUGGAAGAGCGGCAGGACAUUAGGGAGCAGCAGCAGCAGGAUUAGGAUCAGGAUCAGGAUCAGGAUCAGGAUUAGCAGUAUAUAAGCUCAUAGGACUAGAAAAGGGAGAAGGGAUCAGGAUUCAGGAGACAGGAAAUACGGGAAUACGGAAUAGCAAUCAGGAAAUAGGAAACAGGAAACGGGAACAGCAGCAGCAGCAGGAGCAGCCCAGCCAACAAAGCAAAGGAAUCCAUUGAAUCGAUAAAAGACAAGUACUUGUUAAAUCAGAGAAGCGCCAAAAAGAAAGGACUAUGACUACUUUGGAGGAGCCUGUCCAGGCGGUGGACACGGUGGAUCCGUGUCCUCCGGGGAUUCCCAAUCUGAAAACCGUUCUCAGUGACGAUGCCUCAAACUCAUCGUUGUUGGAGGACAUUGAUGUGAGCAACACGAGCAGCAGCAGCUCCAGUUCCAGCAGCUCUAGCUCCAGCUCCGGUUCCUGCUCAGGAUCGGCCACCGAUACGGACACCGGCAAGGGCAGCAGCACUGUCGGCAGUCUGGAUGUGACCAGCUCUUCGAGCAUCGGUUCGGCGGCUUCCAUCUCAUCGACGGGCUCCACAGCCAUCGCCGGACCAUCCGGUUUGCUAGACGAUUCCAACUCAUCGGGACUGGGCCUGGUGGUGGAUGUGGACAGUACCGGGAGCAGCCAGGAGCUGAGCAGCCACGGCGUCACCGAGCUGGACUCGCUGGAGGACUCGUGCAGCGGCCUAAUGAUCAAGGAUGGCGAUAAGCUGUGCAAGCUGUGCAGCUUACGCCUUGUGAUGCCACGCAUCUUGUCUUGCCUUCACGUGUUCUGUGAGGACUGCCUGCAGGCGGUGGUAUCGAAGGACACGAUGGCGGCCAGCUCGCCCAACAGCUCGUCCUCGUCUUCGUUCGACGGCAGCGAGCACCAGCACCGUCUGCCCGCUCUGCUCCUCGAGUGCCCCGUGUGCAAGCAGGAGACACCACUGGGACCCAAGGGGAUCAAGGCACUCCCCUGCGACUAUAUCGUGACCAAUAUAUUGGAUCUCUCCAAUUUGGAGUCGGAGCACAUUGUGUGCACUUCGUGUAAGAGCAAAGAGGAGGCCAUUUCGCGUUGCAACGAUUGCGCCAACUUUCUAUGCAAUGGCUGCGAUAACGCCCAUAAGUAUAUGCGUUGCUUUGAAAAUCACCAUGUGGUGCGCAUCGAGGAUCUGACGAAGAACGUCCACGACAAGCUUAUCAUCCAUAAGCCAGUGUGCUGCCGCCAGCACGUAAGCGAGAAUCUCAAGUACUACUGCUUCACCUGCCAGGUGCCCACGUGCAAUGAUUGCCUGCUGAGCGAUCACAAGGGCAGCGAUCAUCAUUAUGAGACGGCCUCGGUGGCGGAGCAGGCGGUGCGAGCCGAUCUCGAGGACACUCUAAGGGACACGCUCAAGAAGGCCGACUAUUGCAACGAUGCGGGUAGCAAUCUGGGCAGUGCCCUCACCGAACUUCAGUCACAGCACGAUACGGUGCGCCAACAAAUCGAGGAUGCCUAUAAGAGCUACAAGCGUAUGCUGGAAUCAAUCAAGGAGCAGAUGCUAAACGAGCUGGGACGCCUGCACUCGGAUCGCGAGCUAAAGAUCAUGGAUCUGAUGCAGAGCCUGGAGAAUACAAUGGGAAAGCUGCAGCACGCUGCCCAAUUUGGCCAACGGGCCAUUGAUAAGGCCAAUGCCGUAGAGUUUCUGCUGCUGAAGCCCAUCAUCAGUGCCCAGUGUUUGAAUCUCAUGGAGCAGACGCCCAAGUGCGAUGUCAACUAUCAGCUGCAGUUUGACUCGAAGCCAGAGAUGUUCGAGCAGUUCGCCAGGGAGAUGUUUGGCAAAUUCCAAACGGAUCAGAGUGACUCUAGUCCCAAGAAGCAGGAGAUGACCCAGCAGUUGCAACAGCAGCAGCAGCAGGCGCAACAGCACCAUCAGCACCAGCACCAAGUGCAACAACAACAACAGCAGCAACAGCAGCAGCAGCAACAGCAACAAGUGCAACACCAACAGCAGCAGCAGAAGUUGCAGUUGCAGCAACAGCAGCAGCAACAUCAGCACAGCUCGAACAAUUUGAUUGUCGGCCAUCGCGGCAGCUCCUCUGUCCAAGGGCGCCUGACCUCAGCUGUAUUCAGCCCCAUCUCGCUGCCCUCCUCCCUGCAGAGUUCCUUCGAUGGCGACACCAACUCGGUGAUGACCAAUUUCUCCAUGAUGGACUCGCCGCCGCAGCCAUCAUCGCAGCAGCAAUUGCCAUCUGCUCAGCAGCAACAGCAGUCUCAGCAGCAGCAGCAGCAACAGCAGCAGCAGCAACAGGCGGCAGUGCUGCAGCAGGUGCAACAGCAGCAAAAGCACCAGCAACACCAGGUGCAGCAGCAGCAACAGCAACAGGUGCUGCACCAGCCACCAUCGGCCCAGUCCAUGCCCCAGCAGAUGGGCCAGCUCGUUGCACCGCAGGGAAUUGUCCAGCAGGCUGGACAUGUCAAUCUCAACUCUGGCCCCGGCCCAAAUAUAUCCAUCAAUGGUUUGGGCGCCGGUGGUCCGCCACCCAGUUUUAGCAUGCUGGAGUACAAUAUCUCACGACUGGCCAGCUUGACGGAACCAAUGCCAGACAACCUCAACGAUGCGCUGGCCGUUGGCGGAGGAGCAGCUGGACCCGGUCCGAAUGUUGGGGCCCAAGUGCCUGGUGGCUCGGCCGUAACCGGCGGAGCCGUUGUGGGAGCACCGCAUGCGCAUCAGCAGCAAUCGCAGGCCGUAAUGCCGGCAUCGGCGGUGACACCAACGCAGCCAAUUACCCUGGCGGACAUCCUAUCGGGCGACCAGCGGGCGCUCAACAAUCUCCAGGCGCUGGCCAAGCUGGGACUUAACAACAAUGACGAUGAUCUUUUGUUGAACGGAUCCUCAACGGGCAUUGAUUAUUUAUCAGAUUUCUGCAUGCCACCGGCCACAUCGCCCAGCCUGCAGUCCCUCAAUCCAAUCGUGGGUGGCGUAGAGGACAUGGGACUCAAUAACUUCCAUGCCGUCGCUGCGCCGGGCACGACCAGUGUGGUCACCGGCCGGAACAAAGCCACUCCGAUGCAGAUCCGCUGCAAAUUCGGUUCACUGGGCACCGCCAAGGGCCAGUUUAAUUCACCACAUGGAUUUUGCCUGGGCGUCGACGAGGAGAUCAUCGUGGCGGAUACGAACAACCAUCGCAUCGAGGUCUUCGACAAGAUGGGCGCCCUCAAGUUCCAGUUCGGUGUGGCCGGCAAGGAGGAGGGCCAGCUCUGGUAUCCUCGCAAGGUGGCCGUGAUGCAUAACAAUGGCAAAUUCGUGGUCUGCGAUCGUGGAAACGAGCGCUCUCGCAUGCAAAUCUUCUCCAAGUGCGGACACUUUAUGCGCAAGAUCGCCAUCAGGUACAUUGAUAUCGUUGCGGGUUUGGCUGUCACAGCUAAGGGUCACAUCGUGGCCGUGGAUAGCGUGUCGCCCACCGUGUUUGUGAUCUCCGAGGAGGGCGAACUGGUUCGCUGGUUCGACUGCAGCGACUACAUGCGCGAACCCUCCGACAUCGCCAUAAGAGACAACGACUUUUACGUGUGCGACUUCAAAGGCCAUUGCGUGGCCGUUUUCCAGGACGACGGCACAUUCCUCUAUCGCAUUGGCAACGAGAAGGUCACCUGCUUCCCCAAUGGCAUUGAUAUAUCGAAUGCCGGGGACGUGCUCAUCGGCGACUCGCACGGCAAUCGCUUCCACGUCGCCUGCUACUCCCGUGAGGGCGCCCUUCAGUCCGAGUUCGAGUGUCCCCAUGUAAAGGUUUCCCGCUGCUGCGGACUGAAAAUCACAUCCGAGGGCUAUGUGGUUACGCUGGCAAAGAACAAUCAUCAUGUUCUAGUUCUGAACACCCUCUAUGUUCACUGAUUGCAAAUCAAAGCGCGCAACAAUCGUCCAUCAGUCGAUAUGAACAAAUAUAACUACAAAUACUCGUCGGGCAAGAUAUACGGAUGUCGACGUCAGCAGCAAUCAACCAACAGCAUCAACAGCAACGGCAACACCAUCUGCAACACCAUCAGCAACAGCAACAGCAACAGCAAUAGCAAUAGCAACCUCAACCUCUUGCCAAGGAGUCAACAUGCCCUACACUGCAAUAGCAACAGUCAACUGAACAACAUGAGCAGGAUAAGCAGCAUGAGCAACAUUUGCCUCAUCGGCAGCAACAGCAACAUCAAUCAACAGCCAUCGACUACAAAAUCAGCCAUCUAAUAUAAAAACGAUAAGCAAGAACAAGCACAACUAGCUGAAACAUUAACACUAUCAACAGCAGAUCGCUGAUAGCAGAUGCAACUAUCCAAAUGGGUAGUUUAGGAUAUGUAUAAAGAAAAAUGUAUAUAUAUAUCUAUAUUAGUGGGGAAUGCUAAUGGACUAAAUAUGAAUGAAGAACGACGGACACGUGAAAAUGUCGAGCUCCUACUUUUUCAGUUUAUCUGUAGUCUGUCUCUAUCAGCGUUCAAAUUCUUAAAACUGGUCAAAUCUACGGCUGAACACUCACUAUUUGCAGUGCAGUUGAAGCAAAUGCAAUGCGUUCGACUUGAAACACAUUUUAUUUAAUGCAAAACACAAGAAACGUUGCCGCAGCAACCGUAUAAAAAACAAACAAACAAACAAACCAAUAACAAAUGAUAAACAAAAUGCAACAAAUACUAUUUUUGAUCUCUAAUUUAAAAACAAUUAGCGCUACUACUAAAAACAAACAUCAACAAAUUUAACAAAGAAAAACAAAACAAAAUACUUAGCGUAACGAAUAACAACAAAAAAGAGGAAAAACAAAAAGAAUCGUCAUUAAAACUUGGGAUAUUUUCAAAACGUUUUUAAAAGCUCUUUUUAAAUUGUUUCGAUUGUACUCAUUUUUUAUUGAAUUUAUGUUCUUGUUAAAAUUGUCAUAACAAACUCACACUUACACACGCCACACACACACGCCACACUCACACGGACACAAACACUACUACUUUACAUGUUACUUAUUAUCUAUAUAGACAUAUAUAUUGUUAUAUCGACCGAUUAGCUUUUUUGUGCAUACCCUUCCAGAAUCUUUUUCUAAAAAACAAAAACGAGAAAAAAAAAAACGAAACACGCAUAUAUAUAUCUACACCUAGUAUACAACAUCUAUGUAUAUCUAGCAAAAUGUGCAACUUUUGUGCACAGGUUUUUUGCUAACAAAUAAGGAAGUAAAUAAUUUGUUAAGGGCGUCAUCAGAGGUCGCGUACAGGCAAUAAUUAUAGAAGGAGAUGAAAUCUAAGUAGUUUAUUUCGAUUUCAAACUGAAACCAAAACACUAAGAUACAAUUUCAGAAAAUAAAAAACUGUUUAGGUUUUUCCUUACGCUGCUUAUAUAAGGUGAUAUCUAUUUAUAUAUAAAUCUAUAUGAAUAUAUAAAAAAACAAAACAAAACAAAACUAUAUAUAUCUUAAACAUAUAUGUGAAAUCCUAUGACUAUAUGACUUUGCCAUAUAAUAUACAAAGCAGAAUGAGGAGAGUAGGGAGUUAGACAUAUAGGGAUAGCGAGGACGGAGGAUGACGGGACGAAUGGAGGCAACACACACCACACCACAACACACGACAUAUAUGAUACCCAGAGACCCAGAGAUCCACAGAUCCAGAGAUCUAGAGAUCCAGAGAAUACAUUCGAUAUGUAUCAACUAAGUACGUUCUUCACGCCAGAGAUCCGACAUGAACUACAGACAACAACUCAACAUACAAAUUAAUCUGUAAGCUAACAAACCAAACAAAACGAAUGCAGAAUGCAUUAGGCCAACAACUAUCUAUAAUAACUAAUAAAUCAGAGACAACAAAAACAACAACAGAAAGUGAAACAGCAACAGUAACAAGAAAGCGUUUGAGAAAACCUACAGAGCAGAGAUAAACGUAUCUGUUAAGUUCUUAUAUACAUUGUUAAAGAAGCAAAAACACAAAAAACAAACGAUAUUCCUUUUGCUUAUAUACAAACAACAAAUGCAAUACACGUGCGCAUGUAAUCGACAUAUGUACACACACGCGCAUACACACUCACAUACACCACAAAAACGAAACAAAACUAAACAAAAACAAAAAGAACACCCGAAACACUCACGAUUUAUAUAGAAGAUAUAGACAACCAUUUAAGAUGAUAUAUAUGUACGGAUACAUGCAACAUUUCUUUCCCGUUGUAAUACAAUAUAAGGCUGGUUUACUCCCAAGACAUUAUUAUUUAUCUAUAUACAAAAUAACAUUUUUUAAUUGUGUGAAUUUUAUCAUGUGAGAGGCGAUAGGUAGAGAACAACAAGUGGCGAUUUAUUUAGACGAAGUUGGGCGAGAAAGCAAAGCGAAGCAAGCAACUUAUUUUUUAUAGGCUGUAACAACCACAUUUAUUAUAUAUCUACAUCUACAUGUACAUCUACAUUAACACACACACACACACCCACAAACACAAACAUAUACACACCCAUACUCACCCACGCAUUAUGCAUAACAACGAAACGAAUCCUUUGUAUUGUGAACAAUAUGAUAUCCUGUUAGUUGUGUUCGAAACUAUUCGAUUCCUUUUUUAAUGUUUUAAACAGCAGCAAGUUAUGUUAGACCCCCAUCAUUGGCAUUUGUGUACCACAAUGCGGCGCGGAGCAAAGAAAACUGUUUUAAAUCUUGUCAUUUUACUAAUUUUAAUUGCUAGUUUUAUAAGCCUAGUUUAAGCAACCACACACGACACAAAGGCAUACAAAAAACGCGUUUGGUUUAUGUUAAAUGUUGAGUUGUACUAAAUACCAAGCAAAUGGACCCAUUGGAGAUUGCGUUAGUCCAACCAUUUGCUUGAUAAUCAUUUACUAUUGUCAUUAUGAUUAUUAUUAUUGUUUAGUUUUUACGUUGUUACAUUGUGAGGCUACACACACAAUUCUGUAUACAUGAUUAUGACUUAGUGUAUUCUAUAUGAAUAACAACAACUGCGAAAACCAUUGUGAAACGCUUCGUUUAUGUUAUACCACUGAAAUUAUGACCAUUUUACUAUACACAUUAUAUUUAACACUAUGUACCCCAAAGUUGUUGAUGGUAGAUGAGAGGAUCUUUCAAAUUGAAAAGGAUAGUGAGCAAGAUCGAAAGAGAGAGAGAGAGAGAUGAAUAGAUGGAGAGAGAGAGAAAGAGAGAGGGUAAAAAAUGCAAUUUUAUUGUGAAACAAUUUGGCUGUUGAAAUAUAUAAUUUUUAAUUUAAUUACGUUUUCGCAUUUCGUUUAUUACAACUUAGGCCCCCCAAAGCAAAUGUUAUAUUAUUGAAUUGAAUUUACCGCGAAAUCGCCAGGAUUUCGGUCCACCUUUCCUUAAACCACCUGAACUUCCUUUCCAUUUUCGCAUAAAUACUUUUAAUUUGGUCGCGCUGCAUUAACUACGGAAGUAUUAAGAUGAAACAUUUUGCUAAAGACAAUGGAAACACUCAAAUGCAAAGUAUACCAAAAGAAUUGUUUUUAAUCCUAAUCGUAUUUGUAUAUGUAUUUGUAUUUUUACCUUUUACUUUUUUACCCAUAACUUUUUACUUCACUGUGCUGCAAGCUACUUGAUUGCUUCUAAUUACGAUUUAAAUUUCAUGUUUCCCAAUUCUCUGUCUUUGUUUUUGUCUUAGUCAAUAGAAUUUCGGAAUUUCUGAAUUCUGGAAUUUCGGAAUUUCGGGAUUGCUGCAAAAACCUAAUCAAGAAAACCAAACUCGAAAACUGUUAUAGAAAUACAAAACAACAUUAAAAAACAAAACCAAUAAAAAUACCAUUUUACAUUUGUUUAUAGUUUUUAUGGAAAGCCCUCAAAUGAAAUUGUAAUUCCACACGCUUUUAUUUUAUAAACUAAACGAUCACAACAUAAAGAGGUUACAUUUACUAUAUUAAUUUUGUGUUUUAUUUUUAUUUCUCUCUCUUUGUUGAACAACCACAAAAUGGAAAAAGUCAAUUGUUGCUUUAAUGAAAAUUAUGAAUUAUGAAUUUUAACUUAAGUUUUAGGUUGGAUAAGCAAAUGAUAUUAAGUAAAAUUGUAUAUGAUUUUUAUGCGAUGCGUUUGAGUAGAAAAACAACAAAAAAAAAUAACAAAAAACAAAGAAGAAAACAAACAACUUUUCCACACCAAACACACAAAACGACGAAAACAACAAAUUUAUUUCCUAUGGCAUACAAAUUUUAAAAGUGAAAAACCAAAUAAACAUAAAUGUGCUUAAGUUUAAAUCAAAUUUACAAUUUAGUUGAGAUUACGCAACUUAACGACGAUAACAUUUUACUAACUACGUAUAAACUAUAGGAUUUCUAGCGAAAAUAUAUACAUACAUAUAUAUAUAUAUACAUAUAUUUACACACCUGUAUAUAUUCGUAUUAUGUAUACAGUUAUGUACGAUUAGCGAAUGGCCCAGAAGGGGGGCGUGGCCAGGAGAGGGGCGGUACUACCACUAGUCAGCGACAAAUACUAAUUACUAAUUAUUAAUUACUAAUUACUAAUUACUUACUACUAAUUACCAGCCCAAAUCGAAUUGAAUGGAAGCGAAACCCAAACCGAAGCAAUAGUAAUUAUAACUAAAGGGAUUGGACGCAGAUUUGGUCAUUUUGCCAUUUAAAUUUUAACAAUUAACAAAUACAUUUAACAAUUACCAUUUAACAAACAACACCGACUGACAAAAAUUGACCAAGGCCGCCCUCCCACCCCCUUCUCCGCCACCCACUGCGCUCUAGUUUUCAAUGCCGAAGCUGCAUAAAAGAAAUAAAAACCACAAAUGUACGAUGAAAAGCGAUGAGAAAGUGAGAAGUGAGAGAAGAAUUUUCUUAGUUGCCUACGCUGAAAAAUGUGACAAAGUGAAAGCUUUCCACCUCAACUCUAUACAUCAAUAGUUUAUCUACACUUGUAUCCAAUAUACAUAUAUGUACACUAACUUUCGAUUCGACUUCCCCGUACUUUAUGGUUUUACUUAACUUUAUUGUAACUCAGCGAAAGUAAAACAAAAGUAAAACGAAAGUAAAGCGUGUACAACUAAUUAGGAAAUAUCCAAAUUUACACAGACAACAAGGACACCACACAUGUUUCUCAAUCACUCGAUAUAGUUAUGUUUAUUCCCAAUCGACACACGCAUAUUAUUACUAUUACUAUUACUAUUUUUUUGAUUAUUAUUAUUAUUAUUAUUUUUAUUAUUAUAAUGAAUUCUAUAUGUAUUGUCGAGAAUUGGCGAGAUCAAAUCGAGAAAUCAAGCGAAUGAAGAACGAACCUUUUAAUAAAGAUGCUGCCAAAGAUUUUUUAUACAAUCGAUGUGGAAAAUUCGAAGAGCGGAGAACCAUUUAGAUUUAUUACAAAGGUAGCAUAUUGAAUAUUGUCCACCUUAUUUUUACGAUAAUUAUUUUAUUAGUUUGGUCAAGUGUAUUAAUUUUGUUAUUUUUUUGUGGUCAAAAUAAACGAAAUGAAUUGCAAAAACAAAAGCGAGAUAUUUUUGAGACUUUUGCUCAAAAGACAAGCCAGUAAAUGUAAAAACUAAUUGCUAAGGAUUCAAGAUUCAAGAUUCACGAUAACCGAUAAACAAUUAACGAUUAUGUAUGUAUAUCGAAGUAUUUGAAGCUGGAUUUGUUGGAUAAUUUGUUCCUCGAUGCGACGCUUAAUACAAACAAAAGAGUAAAACCAAACGAACUUCGUGCGGAUAUAAGGCAUAAACCACUAAACAUAUAUACAUAUACAUAUUGAGCGUGCAGAUGUGUAGAUUCGAGUAUAUGUUUACAAUCAAAUGAGUCAAGGUCACGAAGGCUUAGCUAAACACACACACACACACACAAACAAACACGAGCACACAACGCCUCCUGCUCCAACACCACCCACUCCACCACGCCAUCAGUCACCACCCACAGGCACCUUCAAACACCAGCAAACACCUCCAAACACCCCACCCCGCCCCUCAUGGUUUGCCCAGUUCAGUAAUUGUUAAUUCGACUUGUAUCGUACUUGCAUUUAGUUCAAUUCCGAGACAAGAGCCACAAGUAAUGAAAGUAUAAAAAAAGCAUGAAAAAGAAAAACCACAAGGAUAAAAAAGAACCCAAACAAACGCUUUAUACAUCAAAUUAUUUUAAUAUAAAUGUAUAACAAGACAUAUAUCUAUAUAUACAUAUACAAGCAGACAUAUACAAAACCAACAACAAAACGAAACAAAACAAAACAAAUAUAUUACGUAUUUUAUUUAAAGCGAAGUACAUUUUGUAAGGUCCUCUGCUCCAGAGAACUCAUUCAAGUUAAGGAACUCAACCUAUAUAGACAGUCCCCAAUUCAAAAGGCGGAGACGUUCGAGGAAAACAAAAACGAAAAACAAGAAACCAAAAACAAAACAAAUUUACUAAAUUAUUUAUACAUGCGUACAUAUACUUACAUAUAUGUAAAACAAUAAUUGAUAGAAACAAAAAGAAAAAAAAAAAACAAAAUGAUAAAUGAUAAAUGAAAAAUGAACAACAGAAAUACAAUCUAGUGUACGUCAAUUUUUUGAUGAUAUUUUUCGCCUUAUUAUAGACAAACAAAACGGAAUCGAUGGGAAACCGAAAUCCGAGGUAAAGUUAGUUGAAACCGAGUGGAGUUAUGUAACUCGGCUUCCAGUAGGUCAAAACCAAAAACAUAAAAAACCAAAAACAACACUUUUUAAAUGAAAGCAGAACAAUUUUUUGGGAUUUAUUUGCGGGCGUAGAACGGAGAUCACAUGUCAAGUUGAUAAGAAAUAACAAAAAAUGAAACACUAAACGACAAGCAAUCAAUUACCAAAACAAAAAGAAUUAUAUAUUAUAUGGAUAAAUCAUAAAUAACAUUAAGCGAUGGAAAAUGAACGAAAACCAACAGAAACCACAACCAAUAUGUAAUCAAAAGCAAGUUUACAAUACACACACGACAAACUAAUAACUAAAUGAUAAAAACAAAAUACGAAAAGCAAAAAAACCAAAUAUUAUCGAAAAAUGGAAGAACAGCAGAAUAAUAAUGAAAAACUCGAAUCUAAAAGCAAGCAAAUCAAUUAAACACGUUUAAAAUCGAUCUAGCAAUUCGACAAAGUAAAACAUUUUACCUUAUACUAAUACUAAAAACCACGAAAAUAACUAAAGAACUAAAAAACUAAGUAACUAUUUGAUUUGCCUGCUAUGAAAUGAGAAAACAAGUUCCUCAAGUUUAUGAUUUACUAUUUAUGUACUACAACAUUAUUUAUGUAUUUCUACGCUUUAGUUACUAUAAUUUCACUUUAGCAUCUUAGCAUUUCUGUGUAACAACUUAACACUCACGAAACAAUUGUUGAUAAUAUUGAGUUGUGUUCAGCUUAUGUGAAUUAUGUGAACGAUAUAUUAAUAUGUAGGUAAAUUAAAAUAUAGAAAAACCAGGGAUUGAAAAGUAAUUUAAUGUGAAAAUCUGGAAAUUUGUACGCCCCUUAUUACUUUGUAAAACUCCAGAAAUAAAAGCGAGCCAAAAAGAAUUUAUGAAACAAUAUACUGAACAUUUAGUCCUUGAUUUUUCAUUUAACUUUUAAGCAUUUACAUACAUAUAUCUCUUGCCUAACAAAUCUCUGUUCAGAUAUUGCAUUUAAGUCAUCGACCAUUUAAUGCUUUUCGCUUGAUCUUAAUGUUUAGAAAAUGUGUAGAAUCCUAAAAAAACAAAUGACAAAAACCACAAGAGAGGCUAACGAUGUAAAAAAAAAAAACUCCCUGGUCGAGUUGUUGUGUUAAAUUUGCGUACAUAUCACUGGGAAUUAUUUACACUAUGCUACCAAAAAACCAAACGAACGAAAAAAAAAGAAGAAAACCAAAAACAAAAUAAGAAAAUAAGAAAAUGAGUUUGAGAAAGCGAGUUUUUUGCAUAAUGUUUACACACUAUGCCGAUAUUUAUACACCAUAAUAGGGAUUGGUUUUUCGAUUUCGUUUUUACACACCAAUAUGGUUUACUUCGAUCGAUUGUUGCUCACCAUUUUUUGUCAGUGUGUGUUUGGUGCGUGCGAAUGGGCGUGUAGUGUUUUUGAAUAUAUAUCUAAGCGCAUAUGUCUUAUAGAGGAAACAUCACACAGAAACUAAAACUAUAGUGCCAUGAUUCAUGAUAGACAAAUGAGAAACGAUAAGGAUAGUGGAAAAAUUGUUUAUUGAUGUGCUGUAACAUUUAGUGAGUCCUUUUUUGACAACCGA